AUGCUCUUCACCAAGCUCUCCGCCCUCACAGCCCUCCAGCUUCUCUCCCUCCCCGCGGCCCAGGCCCAAACCAACAACAACGUUUCCGCGCCCACCACCACCGUCCCAUCCUUCACCUGCGACCCAGGCUACCCCGUCUCCUCCGCCGAGCAAUCCAUAAUCUUCACAAACUUCCUCCGCAAGUUUUACAUCGAAAGGGACGUCUACCGCGCCGGGCGCGAACACAUCCUGCCCAACGCAAUCAACCACAACCCCAACGUCAACGGCGACCGCGACGCCAGCCUGGCCUGGGUUGCACCCCUCAUUGCUGAGUGGAAUGUGACUAUUACCAACACCGGGUUCGCGGAUAACGUCGGGUGGAGCCAUGUUAAGGUUGAGGGCCCCGGGAUGGGGCGGUAUACUGUUGCUGUUGAUAUUUGGCGGUUCGAGGGGGGAUGUGUCGCUGAGCAUUGGGAUGCGUUGCAGGUUGCGCCGCCGGCGAAUAGGACGAACCCGUUGGAGUUGGUUUGA